AUGCAUGCUAUUGGUGUAAUAACAUCAUUCAUAUUGUUUUGCAUUGGCAUUUAUGCUCGUCAUGGUCAUAUUAAGUAUAAAAGAGUGACAUGGGUCUUCGCAUUAUUCAGUUCUUUUGUCAUUUUGUUAGCAAUGGGAGGACAAAUUGACCUUUUUUUAAAAGCUAAAUAUACUGUUGAGCAUCCACCAUUUCAUGGAGGAACUACAAAGCUUGGCGCUAGUGGAUUCACUCUUGUGGUUAUACCUCUCGUAUUCUCAUUCUUGUCAGUUUUUGCAUUUUACAUUGGAGGACAAUCCACAACUGAAGGAGGUGGUAUCGAUCGUUCCAACGGUAACGGAAAUAUGGGCACAGGAAUUACCAAACAGCCAUCUGUCUCUGAAUAUUCUCCAUCUUAUUUGUAUAACGAUCAACAACAUGCUAUUUAA